UGCAGCCCACCAAUCACGCCUGUGCGCCUCGAAAGCCCCUUUUUAGCAGGGCUCCAAAUCCCCGCCUCCCCUGCCCUUGCUCCCCCGCCUCCGCCCAACGGCCCCAGUGAUUGACAGGCAGGCCGGGCGGAAGCUGCGGCGCAGGCGCCCUGGCUCCUUAGACCUCCCCUCUGGCCGGGUCGAGGAGUUCCCAGCAGACACUGCGCCGCGGCUGCGCAGUACACGGGAGGCUUUUAAUUCCAUUGUGGAGAGGACGGCGUUAUUUUUAUUAACUGGAGGCGACGGCGGCUGCGGCGGCGGCGGGACCCGCCUCCUCCGGGGUAUGAAAAUCGGCAGUGGGUUCCUGAGUGGCGGCGGAGGUACCGGCAGUAGCGGUGGUAGCGGCUCCGGCGGCGGUGGUAGUGGCGGCGGCGGCGGCAGCAGCAGCAGCGGCAGGAGGGCAGAGAUGGAACCCACCUUUCCCCAGGGUAUGGUUAUGUUCAACCACCGUCUUCCCCCGGUCACCAGCUUCACCCGGCCGGCGGGGUCGGCCGCCCCUCCCCCGCAAUGCGUGUUAUCCUCCUCUACCUCCGCAGCCCCGGCCGCUGAGCCCCCCCCUCCGCCAGCCCCGGACAUGACUUUCAAGAAGGAGCCGGCGGCGUCAGCCGCGGCCUUCCCCUCGCAGAGGACCUCCUGGGGGUUCUUGCAGUCUUUGGUUAGCAUCAAACAGGAGAAACCCGCGGAUCCUGAGGAGCAGCAGUCCCACCACCACCAUCACCACCACCACCACUAUGGGGGGCUGUUCGCUGGAGCUGAAGAGAGGUCUCCAGGCCUAGGAGGCGGUGAAGGGGGGAGUCACGGCGUCAUCCAGGACCUCAGUAUUCUCCACCAGCAUGUCCAGCAGCAACCAGCCCAGCACCACCGUGACGUAUUACUCAGCAGCAGUAGCAGGACUGAUGACCACCAUGGCACUGAGGAGCCAAAGCAGGACACUAAUGUCAAAAAGGCAAAAAGGCCAAAGCCAGAAUCUCAGGGAAUCAAAGCCAAGAGGAAGCCAAGUGCAUCUUCCAAACCUUCUUUGGUUGGAGAUGGAGAAGGUGCCAUCCUCUCCCCAAGUCAGAAACCUCAUAUCUGUGAUCACUGUAGUGCUGCUUUCCGAAGCUCCUAUCACCUGCGGAGACAUGUCCUCAUUCAUACAGGAGAAAGACCUUUCCAGUGCAGCCAGUGUAGUAUGGGUUUCAUUCAGAAAUACCUACUACAGAGACAUGAGAAAAUUCAUAGUAGAGAGAAGCCAUUUGGAUGUGAUCAGUGCAGCAUGAAGUUUAUUCAGAAGUACCAUAUGGAGAGACACAAGAGGACACAUAGUGGAGAAAAGCCAUAUAAGUGUGACACUUGCCAACAGUAUUUUUCAAGGACUGAUAGAUUGUUGAAGCACAGGCGCACAUGUGGUGAAGUCAUAGUUAAAGGAGCCACUAGUGCAGAACCUGGGUCAUCAAACCAUAACAAUAUGGGUAAUCUGGCUGUGUUGUCUCAGGGAAAUACAAGUUCUUCAAGGAGAAAAACAAAGUCGAAAAGCAUAGCUAUUGAAAAUAAGGAACAGAAGACCGGUAAAACAAAUGAAUCGCAAAUUUCAAAUAAUAUAAACAUGCAGAGUUACUCAGUAGAAAUGCCUACCGUGUCUUCCAGUGGAGGCAUAAUUGGCACUGGAAUAGAUGAACUGCAGAAAAGGGUGCCAAAAUUGAUCUUUAAGAAAGGAAGCAGAAAGAAUACAGAUAAAAACUACCUUAACUUUGUGUCACCAUUACCAGACAUAGUAGGACAGAAAUCCUUGUCUGGAAAACCAAGUGGCUCACUUGGCAUAGUAUCAAAUAAUAGUGUGGAGACCAUUGGUCUUCUCCAAAGUACAAGUGGCAAACAAGGUCAGAUAAGUAGUAAUUAUGAUGAUGCCAUGCAGUUUUCAAAGAAAAGAAGAUAUUUACCAACUGCCAGCAGCAACAGUGCCUUUUCUAUAAACGUAGGACACAUGGUCUCCCAACAGUCUGUCAUUCAGUCUGCAGGUGUCAGUGUUUUGGACAAUGAGGCACCAUUGUCACUUAUUGACUCCUCAGCUCUAAAUGCUGAAAUUAAAUCUUGUCAUGACAAGUCUGGAAUUCCUGAUGAGGUUUUACAAAGUAUUUUGGAUCAAUACUCCAACAAAUCAGAAAGCCAGAAAGAGGAUCCUUUCAAUAUUGCAGAACCACGAGUGGAUUUACACACCUCAGGAGAGCACUCAGAAUUGGUUCAAGAAGAAAAUUUGAGCCCAGGCACCCAAACACCUUCAAAUGAUAAAGCAAGUAUGUUGCAAGAAUACUCCAAAUACCUCCAACAGGCUUUUGAAAAAUCCACUAAUGCAAGUUUUACUCUUGGACACGGUUUCCAAUUUGUCAGUUUGUCUUCACCUCUCCACAACCACACUUUGUUUCCAGAAAAACAAAUAUACACUACGUCUCCUUUGGAGUGUGGUUUCGGCCAAUCUGUUACCUCAGUGUUGCCAUCUUCAUUGCCAAAGCCUCCUUUUGGGAUGUUGUUUGGAUCUCAGCCAGGUCUUUAUUUGUCUGCUUUGGAUGCUACACAUCAGCAGUUGACACCUUCCCAGGAGCUGGAUGAUCUGAUAGAUUCUCAGAAGAACUUAGAGACUUCAUCAGCCUUCCAGUCCUCAUCUCAGAAAUUGACUAGCCAGAAGGAACAGAAAAACUUAGAGUCUUCAACAGGCUUUCAGAUUCCCUCUCAGGAGUUAGCUAGCCAGAUAGAUCCUCAGAAAGACAUAGAGCCUAGAACAACGUAUCAGAUUGAGAACUUUGCACAAGCGUUUGGUUCUCAGUUUAAGUCGGGCAGCAGGGUGCCAAUGACCUUUAUCACUAACUCUAAUGGAGAAGUGGACCAUAGAGUAAGGACUUCAGUGUCAGAUUUCUCAGGGUAUACAAAUAUGAUGUCUGAUGUAAGUGAGCCAUGUAGUACAAGAGUAAAGACACCCACCAGCCAGAGUUACAGGUAAGGUCCCAAAAAGUGGCCAGGGCUGGAGGUCUUCUAAUGUAAUUUUGUUUUAUUUUGAGAACACUGCCAUUGGAAUGUUUCUACACGAUCCUAUUAAGAAUAAUGUGAUGCCCUUUCAAUGCAACUUUUCAUAUUUAGUUUAUUUUGUUAGCGUGAUUUUAGCUCUGUUUGUAUUAUGAUUUUUAAUCAAAAUCAAUAGAUUAAAAAUAGUUUGACAUUCAAAGUGACAAUGUUUAGCAAUCAAAUUUACAUGUAUAGAUCGUCAGGGAAUAGCCCAAAUGUUUUAAACGCAAAAAAAAAAAAAAAAAAAGACAAAAAAAAAAAACCUACAAAAAAAACUUUGUUGCUAGGAUUAAGGUUAUUCUAAUUGCUUUACUCUCAGGAAAGUGUAAUAACGCAUGGGAAUUCUGUACGUUAUCACUGUAAUGGAAUAUCCAAUUUACAGAUAGUAUGAUAUACAUUUUAUCAUUUAAGUAAGGGAUCGAAAACAUUUCAAAUUGCUCUAUCUGGGCUGAUAGACAUUUCGUCAUUUAAGUAAGGGAUCGAAAACAUUUCAAAUUGCUAUCUCCAUCUGGGCUGAUCCAAAAUUCUGAGAUUGUUGGCUACCUAUAUUUUGUUGCAGCUUUUAAAUGUACUCUGAACUUCCAAACCACAUUCAUUCCAGCCUGGUAGAACAAAUAUUCUUGGAUCUUUGAUCAAAGCCUGGAAUGAUAGCUUUAAUAAAAGAAGGAAAAAAAAAAAGCACCCUCUCUUGAUCUCAACUGUAACAAGGCUGUAAUUCCAUCAAGCGAUUCUACUGACAUCUAGUACAGUGUUGAAGCCCAAAUGCUUGGCUGGUUCCAGUAUUAGAACUCAAGUUGAAAUUAUAUGAUUAACUGAAAUUUGGGGCAUGCAUUAUUUAUUAUACAUGGCCUAAAACGGUUCUGUCUGCGCUGUUACGUAUUACCUACACUUCUGGGUUUUUUUGUUCUUGUUCUCAGCCUCUCUUUAAGAGUUCUUGGGCCUUCCUUUUCCCUCUUUCUAUUUUAACAGUUUUAAUUUUAGAACCAUUUACAUUCCAGUAGGUAAUUCACUAUGCGCUUUAUAUGCCUUAGGGCAUCCAAAUAAAAAACAAUAGGGUAAACAUCCCCAAAACCCACCUUUAAAAAAAAAAAAAAACCCAUACAGAUUUCCAUAUGUAAUAAAACCCCGUGUUCUUGGAUAGAUAUUAAUAAGGUUGUAAUUCCAACUGGUGACAUAACUCCUGUGAGGGAUAAGAAUGUGUCUGCUUAUAGUAAUAACAUCAGAACCUCUUUGUGAAAUUGCGGCCUUUAAUGUACAUUUUAAUAAAAGGGUGCAUUAGUAUUGUACAGGGGUCUUGUAAAGUCAUCAAAACUUGCUAUGAACUCUAAUUGCCAUUUGAAGCUACUGAUUGGCAGUGGCUCUACUCUAAAACUGCUUUUUAGCAAAUGUAUUUUUUUCCUGAUUAUAUUUUUUAAUGUACUUUGAUGUUUAUGCUGAUGAGUUUUUUAUGUACUUUUGGUGAUGUUUCAGUCUUAUGUACUCUUCUGACGUCAGAAAAGUACCACUGGUUGUUUGCAGUCUUAUUGUGUAAUCAGCCUACCGCAGGCUUCCAUGUAUAAUAAAGUAAUUAAUAUUGUGCAAGUGUAAAACACUUCUGUUAUAAAAGCAGUGUUUGGAAAAUAAGAAAUAUUAAAAAUGGUUACAAAGUAUUAGUUAAUUUCCUUUUCCCACUUUCCUCCCUUUAGCUUUAGCAGCUAAAGGGUCACCAACUUGUCAUUGCAAGAUUCUUAGAAAAUGUACUUAAUCUUAAAUACGCUCAGUACUAUAAAGUGUUUAUUUCUUAUUUCAGUAAGUGCGGUAAGUUCUAUUGAGUACAGAGUACAAGCUGUAAUCAAAGGAUGGAGAGGACCUUUACCACUGUAUCUCUUAAGCUGUAUGAUUUUUCUCCAGUUUGUUUUAUACAGGUUUUGAAUUUCUUUAACUUUUAUUGUGUGUACUGAAUACUGCAUAUGUAUUAUUCUGAUUGUUUGCUCUAGUUUACUACCAAUAAAAGUCCUGUUAAUCACAA